AACUCACCCAAGAACACUCGAACUGACCAUAUCUAGCUAGCUAGCUAUCUCUCUCUCGAGCUACUACGAGUAGUUGGCUAGCUAGAGGAAGCUGCAGCAAUGGCGAAAUCCUGCACCUUGGUACUUCUUGUCGCACUGGUCGGGCUCUCACUCCUCGCGAGCCCCAUUGCUUGCUCCCGCAAGCUCAGUAAGCCGAAGCCGAGGGCGAGGCCGAGCAUGCAGAAGCCGGUGGUCCGGGCUCACAACAACUACACCGGUGGUAGCCCGUCGUCGGCGACGGUCACCAGCGGCUGGGCCGCCGCCGGCGCGACGUACUACGGCGCUCCUAACGGCGACGGCAGUGACGGCGGCGCUUGCGGCUACCAGACCGCCGUCGGGCAGCGGCCCUUCUCGUCGAUGAUCGCCGCCGGGAGCCCGUCGCUGUUCAAGGGAGGCAAGGGCUGCGGGGCGUGCUAUGAGGUUAAAUGCACGACCAACGCAGCUUGCUCCGGCCAGCCAGCCACCGUCGUCAUCACCGACGAGUGCCCCGGGGGGAUCUGCCUCGCCGGCGCGGCGCAUUUUGACAUGAGCGGCACCUCCAUGGGCGCCAUGGCCAAGCCCGGCAUGGCCGACAAGCUCCGCGCCGCCGGUAUCCUCCAGGUUCAGUACAGAAGGGUGCCAUGCAAGUACAGUGGCGUCAACAUCGCCUUCAGGGUUGACCAGGGCGCGAACCCGUUCUACUUCGAGGUGCUCAUCGAGUUCGAGGACGGCGACGGCGACCUCAACGCCGUCGACCUCAUGGAGGCCGGCUCCGGCGCCUGGACGCCGAUGGUGCAGAACUGGGGCGCACUCUGGCGGUACAACUCCAACACCGGCAAGGCGCUCAAGGCGCCCUUCUCUCUCCGGCUCACCUCCGACUCCGGCAAGGUGCUCGUCGCCAACAGCGUCAUCCCGGCCAGCUGGAAGCCGGGGAUGACGUACCGCUCCUUGGUGAACUACUCCUAAAUUAAUUACAGCUCCAUAUAUGGCUAGAUUUUCACUGCACCGUGCCCAUGCAAGAAAGCUAGCGCAGUGCAGUUGCAGAGUGUGGUAAAUUGGUAAAUUAUAAUUAGCCUCCGGUUAAUUAUAUGGCGGGAAAUGUGCGUCCGGGUGUUGCGAGAGGCGGUGUCAGAAGAGGAGGAAGGAGGUUUAAGAAUCGGGUUCUUCCCUCCACGGUCUCUGCAUUCCCCUAGUGAUGUGUCGUCGUCGUCAAUCGAUUUGUCUGUAAUUUUUUUUUCUUCUUCUUCCUCUGUUGUGAUGUUGAGAAGCUUGAGCUGCAACUAAAUGUUGCAAGGCCGAUGUAUCAAGUUUGUGUGUGUGUGUUUUUUUCUGUACCACGCAAUCUUUCAGAUAAAUGAAUUAGUACUGUCAGAAGAUUUCUG